AUGAACGACGGGUUCCUGGCGUUCGCCAAGCCGCCGUCUCAGUUCGUGAGACAAACACCGAUCAUCCUGCCGUGGGAGAAUUACCCAGAGGAGGUCGACCCAGCCAUCAUUGCCGUAUUCAUGUCUGAGAUCGACUUCUAUGAAGAUACGUCAUCGAUCGGCUUUAACGCCGGUAACGGCACCGAGUGGUGGGGUCUGGCUCCGUUCUCCGGCACGCAGGGAGUCGCUAGGAUCGACGAGUUUACGAGCGUCGGCGACACUCCGGGCAGGUGGGUCUUCCGCGUCGACGAGGUCAUUGAGAGAGGAGGCUGCACGAACGUGACGCAGGGUGUUGCCCUGUCCUAUCCAUCGGUUGGAACCAUGUUUGGCGGUGAAUCCAUCAACAUCUCCGGACCGUGCUUCGUGGAGGGGCCAGAGAUCAAGGCGAGGUUUGAGACGCUAACCGUCGACUGUCUCUAUGUGAACGCGACUCGAGCUACCUGCAUCCUUCCCAUGUUCUUCAAGAGCGGAGCUGUGCAGAUGGAGAUCUCGCACGAUGGUUCGAUGGCGUACAACUUCAAGGGCUGGUUCUUCAUAGCGGAGUCGACAAGAUACGAACCGCCAAGAAUUACCCUGGAGCCAAGCAAAUGGUGGACGCAUAGCUGGCAGGAAGACGAGGAGAUUGAACAGGGCAUAGACUUGGAGAUUGUCUGGGAUCCGUUUAACAUCACCUAUAAGCCCGAUGCCCGACUUGAUAUAGGUAUCUGGGGAUACCGCGAACUGGCGAAGGAAGGCAGAUGGGAGUUUAUAGACGUACUUGCGACCGGAAGAGCCAACGACGGUGUCUACAAAUUCAAGCCAAAGUCGAUGACACGUAAUAACGAGCAAGCGUGGAGCAAAUACGAUUUUGGUGCCAUUCGUCUCAACGUGACGAAUUACGAAUGGGAAGGACAUUACUGGAGUCAACCCACUCCACUAGCCUGGUAUAACCAGCCUGGCUAUAUAAGAAAAUGGGGUAGCAACUGGCCCUAUGAUAAAUGCAUGAAAUGGCACGACCUUGACAGCGAGAUGACGCCCAUUCUGAACAGCUUAAACUACUGCCCAUGCACCGUGGGCCUGGCCGAGAGUGACAAGGUCAGAUGGGUACCGGACGACCAGUGUAACAAGUACGGUAAACUGGACUGUGAGUUCAACAAAGGAGCUACACACUGCGUACGACAAGCUUACCCAAACUUAUUGGGAGCCAGUCAGCACUGCUGCUACGACAUCCGCGGCAACCUGAUGCACGUGUUCGAUUCUCGCUAUGGGAGCAAGCCCGACCGCUCGCACCCGUGGGGCAUCUACCCGCACCUGUACCCACCCAGAAUUCCCGACUGGUGCCACUACCAGUAUGACGCGAUGCCCUAUUACUUCUGCUGCGAGUGGGGCGACUUCUGCGACCCGUUCUUCUGGCGUAGACCGUCCGACGAUUGCCAGACCUACAUGCCUCCGAAGACAGCGAUUGCAUUCGGCGAUCCUCACUUCAUCACCUUCGACGGCCAUGAGUACUCGUUCAACGGUAAGGGAGAAUUCACGAUGUUCAACUCUGACCACCAUCACGAGGACAAGAACUUGAACUUCCCGCACAAGAUGACGAUUCAAGGCAGAUUCGAGCAGCCGCCCAACGCCACCGUCUAUGUCGCCGAGUCCAACGCUACAAUGCUGACGGCGGUCGUAGGCCAAGAGAACAACUCUGCGGUCGUGGAGGUACAGUCGCGAGCCUACCACGCUCGUUGGCGCUAUAAGAUGACCGUGCUCGUCAACGGACGCAAGGUGUACUUUGACCGAUCCUACUACAAGGCGCAGGUGUACGAAGGCGUCACGGUUUCGAACCCGUACGUCAACUUGAACCAGUCGGAGAUCAUGGUUUCGUUCGCGUCGGGCGCUGGAUUCCAGGUGACAGAGAACCACGGAGCACUAAACGUCGUAAUGUUUCUUCCGCAAGAAUUCAAGUAUUUCACGCGAGGUUUAUUUGGCACGUGGAGCGAUAAGACGGACGAUGAAUUCCGUACUGCUGCGGGGACGCUCGUUCGUCCGUCGACCAAUCGAGAGAUCUUCUACGACUUCGGUGAAACGUGGCGAAUUCCUGGUACGACCAUGUUUACGUACAAGCCAGGCAAAAGCAGCAUGUAUUACUACGAGGAAAGCUUCGAACCUGAGUUUGCUGAAAACGACGUGAUCCCGCUGCACCCGAACGCCACCAUGGACAUGAACGGAGUGCUGGCGGUCUGCGGCGGUAACAACUUCUGCAAGUACGAUUACAUCAUGAGCGGCGACCGCUACCUCGCUUCAGGCACAAAGGUCGUGCACGAGACGUACGAGCGCAUGGUGGAGGUCGGUCUGAGCCGACAGGUCUCCUGCAUGGCUUUGCCGACCCCGUACAAUGGACAGAAGCAUUACAUCAACUAUCUAGAGGGCGCCGUCGUUCGCUUCAACUGCCUGCCCGGAUUCGAGUUCUGGGGAACGGAGGAGCUUCGCUGUAUGCCUAACGGCCAAUGGUCGGACGGCAUAUCAGUGCUAUGCAGAAGUGUGAUCGGAGCAACAAAGUUCACGGCACGCUACGCCUUCAUCACCACCUGGGAUCGGGUCACCUUCAAGGGAUCGAACACUCACAACGACGGGGGACCGCCGUUAAACACGUUCCAAGUCGCCUGCGCUACAGACGAGGUGCACACGUUCUGCGUACACAACUAUGACGUCAUCAGGUGGGCAGCCAGCGCCAACUCUGGAGGUCACCCGGACACAGGUCUCGGAGGCACCUGGGGAGCGGUCCAAGCGUCGCUUCUUAUCUCAUAUCUUGGUCUGAGCAAGCUUCAUCCUGUAGUCGGUUUCAUCAUCAACAUUAGCGUCAGCGCCUGCGUCAGCGCCUGCGUCAGCGUCAGUGCCAACGUCAGCGUUACCUUUGACGUCGGCGUCUGUGUGAUCGGAGCAACAAAGUUCACGGCACGCUACGCCUUCAUCACCACCUGGGAUCGGGUCACCUUCAAGGGAUCAAACACUCACAACGACGGGGGACCGCCGUUAAACACCUUCCAAGUCGCCUGCGCUACAGACGAGGUGCACACGUUCUGUGUACACAACUAUGACGUCAUCAGGUGGGCAGCCAGCGCCAACUCUGGAGGUCACCCGGACACAGGUCUCGGAGGCACAUGGGGAGCGGUCCGACAUGAUAAACCACGUGUGGCGGAGCUGCGCAUGCGCCUAGCGAGGGCGUGGGUUUCGACGUUGGCGUACUUUGGCCGGCGUCUCUCCUACACGCAGCAGUAG